AUGAUGGCGAAGAGGUAGGGAGAACGCCCAUCUUAGUUGGCUCCGAAACACGAGAAUCUACUGAAGAUGGGGAUACGGGGAAGGAAAACGCGGUAUUGCAGUGUACCGUCAGAGAGCCGGAACGAAGUAAGCGCAUCUUUGACUUGCAUCCAGCAUUGAAACACUCACCUGGUUUGGUUCAACACUGCCUUAUUUUUCUUCUCCACAAGGCAGAGUCGAGGAAUGCCCACCGUCAGUUUCUAGAACGAUUGCCAUUAGGCCAGCCCUCCACACCAUCGAAGAGGUCUCCGAGGAGGAGGAAAGAGCGGAGGAGCUGAACUGGGACGACAGUUAUGAAGAGGAGGACGAAGAGGAGAACGGGCUGGAUGAAACAACGCUGUUUCCACAUCAAAGUGCCGAAGACAACAGCACUGCACAGAAACCACCACUGACGGACACAAAUGUGCACUCGGAGAGAACGAGUUUGCAAGUGGAACACAGCUGUGUAUCAGUCGCUGAACUAACGGUAUGUCAGCCAAAGUGUCCUGAUACCGCAGCCCAAAGACGCCAGCGUCGCAACUGGAAGGACGUCAGCCGGCUAUCACGUAAGUCCAUGAUUGAAUCGCUGUCAUUCAGAUGUCAUUAAUGCACUAUUCCAAUGCUCCUUCCAUUUCUGUCAUCUGUGCUCUACUUUCAUACGUUCCUCUCACCAGUGUCAAUCAUUUUAGAAUCGAACAUGCUAUUGGAUCAGAAAGAGCCAAACCGCAUUGAAAGGCGACUACGUGUCAUGUGGAAGAGGUUUUUCUGCUGUGGAUUGCCGCAAGUGGAGGCAUAAUGCAUCACUGAUUUCAGUCCUGUGUACAUAGUCCAAAUCGUCUAUUCUGAUUGCCAAUUUUUGUACCUAACUUGAUUACCGUUUUUUCGAAUAAAAUAUGUUGUUGCAUUCUUACGAGUCCUUUUCUGACGUUGAAGGCAUCCGUUAUCGGGCUGCGGUGGCGGGGGAAAUUAGGAUCGUUGUUUAUUGUUGCAUACUUCUUAGGUCUUCUUUGGCAUUGAGGUACAUCUAUGAACACAAUCACAGGAGAUUUUUAGAAAGGAGGAAACCCUCAUGUCUGAGUGGGCUGGGUAUUUCUAUCUUCGUUGUGACAUGAUCUAGAAUCCACUAGAUGACUACCAGGCUCAAGUAUUUAAGAGGUGUUCACCAAAAUCGAUGUAGGUAUGACGGUUCGACCGUCGUUGCCGACGUUGUCCACCGUGUGCACCACAGCAAGUUGAGAGCAGGUACAGUGACAUGUGUCUGAAGUAGUUUAUAGUGGCAGUAGACUUGCACAGCAACCACCGCACUCCCACCUCCGCACAUAAGCUCGGUUCCAAGAAAUAGUUAAGAAAGCCUUAGGCGGAAGGGGGCGCAGGUGGCUGGCACGGCCGUAUGCGCACCUGGGAGUACCUCCACACCGUCUGGCUCACAACAAACACUUGUGUAGGAUUUUGACACGUAAAAUAAAUGGGUCAGAAACAACUUGAACACACGAGAGGGCUGCUCGCGCACAACAGGCUGCGAGGGCGGUGGCUUUCUGCAGCAUGGCCUAGAAAACACACACAUCCCGCAAAGCUGAGACACAGUCCUGCAUUUAGCCUAGGUCAUCUCCUUUCAAAUGCCUGGUCACCAGUUAGUCAGCGACAAAGAGACAUUACCCCAAAAAGUGCAUGCAUACUCCUCACAUGCAGUAGAUGGGCUAACUCAUGAAAUGUCAACCGAAAUUGCGAAAUGCGUUCUCGUUUCGAAAAGAUAAAUUAAGUAGUGUUGUAAAACUAAUCAUGAUGCAGCAUAAAUCUAUAAUGAUCCAGUCACCUCAGGGUGUCCGCUUUUGAAAGAACUUAUUUUCGGCUGCAUGCAAGAUCUAUAUCCUGCAAAAGAUGACGACUUAUGUAGUAUGCACUUUUCGCAUUGAGUUUCGAUGCCCUUGAAAAUUCAAUUAUAUUUCAUGGAAAACAUGCAUAAAAAUAUUCAUUCUUUCACUUAUUCGGUAGAAAAUCACGUCUUUUUCCAAUUUCAACUUUCCGUUCAUUUAGAUCCGUCCUCCGUUCCGGUCAGUUGCUCUGCGGAUUGUCUAAAAUGAAACCAAUGUUGCAGAUCGUCAGGGUGAGCAGGCUUACUGUAACGGCCUAGAAGGUUGUGUGGAUUAGAGGGAACAGGGAGUGAUUGUGCUUCGUUGCAGUGUUUCGAUCGCGAGAUUUGCAUCUGCGAGUCACUGUAUGCUAACAGGUAGUGCGAUUCCCCAGCGUCUGUCUAGGGAACCAUAUCCAGCCCCUUCCCCACCAGAGGAUUAGCAGUACUAGCCCUAACUAGGACUGCUUAGACACCCCAGACGGUUGCCGAACUCUACCACGGGUCACAUAUUUAUUUGGUGGAGAAGGACGCGAGUUAGCCUGGGCCGCCUCCUUGAUUGCAUGUUGCCCUCUACUUAUGUUGUUAAUACUACUACUAUUACUCGAUCGUCAGACGGGAGUGGUGUCAAUCAACACCGAGUACAUGUGCCCUGUCUUGGCAUGCAGCUCCCAUUGUAGGCAGUCAGAGAAGGAUUGCCAAUGAGUAAUGAAGAGAGUAUGUGCGUCUACCGAUGAAAAAGAAGUCAGCAGUCGUCACUUCAGUCUUUCCUCUGCUCGUCGGCAAUACUGCUCUGUCCAUCUGUUUAGGGGAUAAUCUUAUGUAGUUCCUCAAUUUCCUAUAAUUCUUAUGUGUCGUCGUUAGCUACGACAAGGCAUCUAGUGCUUUAGGAGAUGGGUAAAGAUAUUCCUUGGAUAAAUCUUUAUGCUUAUCCGUUUGCGAAAUUUCAACGCUCGGACUCCAAUAAAGAAUGCGUUGGAUGUGCAACAGUGUUAAAUCGUUUUAUCGUUAGAAGAUGCCAUACUGGCAGCACAAGUACUAGAUAAAAACGCAAACACGCCGAUUUCGCAGAUAUUCUACGGCUCAUUUGUGUUUGGCUCAUCAGUAUGUCCCCCAGCUUUCCCCGGCGCCUUCUGGCGGAAAUUGUCUGGACUUCUAGCUAGCGCCUGUGCUGCUAGUAUGGUAUCUUCUGAUGCAAAAACAUACUACUAGCUGUCUAUCGAUAGUUAAUGAAUAUAACAUGGUCAUUUCGCUGUAGCUAAUUGAUCUUGGCUCAAAUUUACAGGCAUCAAAUUUCGGUCUGCGCCUAUAGACCCUAGCAUAAUCUUAUCUCAGGUUAGCAAAAGUAAGAGAUCCGGGUCGGUAAUCUGAGGAGAAUGAAUGUUGCCAACUCCAUCAACAGGCAUCUAGACCUUCCUUCGGCCUAUAAAGUCCUACGUCACUUCAUACACCGUGACGAAGACAAGACAAUCACACGGAGCCUAAGAAUGCCGAGCAAACACGGCCUGUCGACCACUUCACCCAAAAGGGGAAAGCAAACGCAACCAACCCCAAUUGAGGUGACGACACGUAUUACAGGAGGCCACAAACAUUCACAGGCGACGGCCAGUAGGCCGGGGCAGAGAAGGAAGAAAAAAAUCGAUCAGCCCAGGGCCAACUAAUGCGGCAGUCUAUUCAAAAAAUGCUGAUCGAUUUCUUCACUUGACGCUUUGACAAUGGAGAGCAGCCCCAGCUCUUCGAAACGUCAGCCUGAAAAGUCCCCCGAUCCGGUGAGCAAUUCAUUCUCCUCAGAUAAUCUUAUCUACCACCAGUUUGCAGUUAAUUUCCGAGGACUUUAAAGCGCAAUAUAUUUUACAUGGGUAAUGUGUCAAAAGUGUCCAGCUUGGUUUUCGCCACAUAGCCUACCCAAAACUGUCGUAUUUUUUAACGUCCCUAAGGUUGAAAAUAUAGUCAGCAAUUUCCCGUUGGAAAUUUCAUCUCAAGAAAGGAGACUGUCACCAUUAGUUAAAACUGCGUUUGCUAACAACGGAUAACACAUGAGGACGCAUCACUCCCAAUAAAAUGAUGUCUCUACGGAGUCCUGACUACCUGAAGAUUGGGCCCGUGUAUUCAUGCAAACAUUCGACCUCCGCGCUCUCGCGCUACCAUUUGAACGCCGACCUGCGCACGAUCAAUACUCACCCUGUCAUUCAAACACAGCACGCACACGGCGAUGUCGAACGCUCAGCGGCUCUCCGAUCUCUGCGCACAGAUGCUACUGAUUAACGUCUGCGCAUUAUUUCUUCUUGAUUUAUUCUGCAAUCCAAUCCACACUGUUGUUAUGCAUUUCUUAAUCAAUCUGGCAACCGGUAAGUGCUUUUCUUAACGUCAUUAAUGCAAUUCAAACAAUCCUUUCAUUUACUGUACAUCGUGGUGUAGUGGCUUAUAUUUCCUGGUUUUACGAACCUAGGCAACCUUACUAAAUUAUUGUGUGCAUGUACACAGGCAGAUGAUAAUUAACUAGCCAAACGUCCUUUUCUCAUUGCAGAUUUUGUUUUUGUCUUGAUGUCGUCACUGAAUUUGACUGUUACAACGUCAUGCCUCUGGUUUCUCUCCCAUCAUUUCUGUAAUCUGCGGGCAAGCAGCCAUCUGCAAAUCGUCAAAUUCCUUCCUCAGAAUUCCAGUAGAGGCGAUGUUUCCAGAAGGUUAGCGCACCAUGGACGAGGCUCUUUAAAGGCUUAUUUUUUCAAUCAGUAUUAACGCCUGACAAAUCUUGCGGAUGUUUGAACGACUUCGUACUGAUUUCCUGUCUACAGAGAUGCAGCAAGUCCACCAACCGGAGAUUCGGCCACUGGUGGAGACAUGGUAAUGAGGAUGAAUGCAUUGUGUAACCUCGAAGAACGAGGGCCGGCGCCAGACGUUGGAACAACGGAAAAGAAUGCGUCAUGGCAGAGCGAAGUCAGACGGACGGAAGGAGGUAAGUGAAUCUCCGACUUGCAUUCAGUAUUGCCCAACCCGCCCAGUACCAUUGAACAUUGCCCUCUUAUUUAUCUUCUCGACUAGGCAGCGCCGUGGAGUAUGCGCCUCCAAUAGCCAGAAAGGUGGCCGUCAAGCCAACCCUCUACACCAUCGAAGAGGUCUCCGAGGAUGAGGAAAGGGCUGAGGAGCUGAACUGGGACGAAAGUUAUGAAGAGGAGGACGAUGAGGAGAACGGGCUGGAUGAAGCAACGCUGUUUUCACAUCCAAAUGCCGAAAACAACAGCACUGCACAGAAACCACCACUGCCGGACACACAUGUGCUCUCGGAGAGGACGAGUUUGCUAGUUGAACACAGCAGUGCGUCAGUUGCUGAGUUAGCGGCGUGUCAGCCAACGUGCACUGAUACCGCGUCCAGAAGACGCCAGCGUCGCAACUGGAAGGAUGUCAGCCGGCUAUCACGUAAGCCCAUGACUCAAUCGCUAAAAUCCAGAUGCCAUUAAUGCACUAUUCCAAUGCUCCUUCCAUAUUUCUUAUCUGCACUCUAAUUUCCAAAUAUCAUGUCACCAAUGCUAAUCAUUUUAGAAUCGAACAUGCUAUUGGAUCAGAAAGAGCCAAAUCGCAUUGCAAGGCGAUUACGUGGCAUGUGGAAGAGAUUUGUCUGCUGCGGAUUGCCGCAGGUGGAGGCAUAAUGCGUCAUUGAUUUCAAUCCUGUGUACAUAGCCCAAAUCUUAUAUUCUGAUUGCCAAUUAUUGUACCUAUACUGAUUACUGUUUCUGUAAAUGAAAGCUAUUGUUGUAUUCUUACUACGUCUUUUCUGACACUGAAGGCAUCUCCUAAGGGACAGUGGUUGAGAGGGGAAACUGGAAUCGUUGUUUAUUGUUGCAUCCUUCUUAGGUCUUCUUUGUCAUUGAGGGACAUCUGUAAGUGAUAAACCCAUAAGUUGGGCACAGUAAGUAGGCUAUUCGGGAAACGAAGUUAGAUAUACCCCAACAGUUACAAACUAGUAAAUAAGAACAAUGUCGUCAGCAGGUAUAAGUGCACGUGCGUGUUCUUUGUCUUAUUCAAAGUUUUGUCAAAGCGUAUUGUAACUGAUUAAAACAAGACAGACUUAAAUGUCACUACAAUACUCCCCCUCCUAGGAGAACUGAUUUAAAAAAAAAACGUUGUUAAUAGAUGGAAAAGGGGGGAGUGUUAUGCAUAUUGUACAAGAUGGUAACGGUCGGGAAAACGGACAUGACGACCGCUGCGCGUAAGGGGAGGAGUCUGUGGGAUAAGGGAAGACGCAGGGUUAUUGGGCGUAAGUGGAGUCUGGGAAAUAGCAAGGGGCAAUGUGCCGAGUGGAGGUUGUUCUGAUGGGGAAGUUGAAAGAGGCUCGGUUUAAGCCGCCUUCAAGCGAUCGACUGAGACCACGUCGGUGCGGCCUCCACGGUCAAUUGUAAAAUGCUUGUCCGUUCGAGAUAGUACUCGAAGUGGGCCGUCAUAGGGCUGUUGCAGUGGCCGACGAAAGCUAUCUACACGGACAAAUACAAAAAAACAUGUUAGUAGGCUCGGGUCGAUGUACGACUUACUUGUUGGAGGACGUGGAGGCAUUGCAUGGCGCAAUCUUUGCACAUAAUCGCUGGGAUCCAAGUUGGCUGAGCUUUGAGUAUGCCCGAAAAAGUCACCUGGUAUCCGUAGGGCAGUACCGUAGACAAGUUCGGCGGCGGAACACUCCAAGUCGGGCUUGAGUGCAGUGCGGAUACCGAGCAUGACCAGGGGGGAUGCUCGCUCCAAUGGGAAGGGUUGUCAUGAGCUCGGAGGGAGGCUUUGAGUUGCCGAUGGAAACGCUCGACUACGCCGUUGGAUGAGGGGUGGUAUGCUGUCGUGCGUGUACGAGAACAUCCGAGGAGGUCGGAAAGGCUGUUAAAAUGUCUAGACUCGAAUUGUUGGCCUCUAUCAGUGGUAAUAGUUGAGGGAACGCCAUAAUGACAGAUCCAGUGUUCCAAAACGGCAUGAGCAACGGAAUCUGCAGUUAUGUUAGGUAUGGGAGUUGCAAUGAGCCAGCGGGUAAAUCGGUCAAUCGCAGUAAGUAAGUAAGUAGUUGCAACCACGCGAUGUUGGAAUAGGACCUACCAGAUCGAUAUGGAAGGCUGAUUAUGUCACAAUGACGGCAGGAAUAUGCAGAUCCCCAUACAUUCAGAUUUUCCCCCUCCACAAGUCGCCUGCGCCUACGCCUUCCCUCGGCGUAGGCACGCCUUUCUGCCGGGUAGGGGCGAGGUGAGGGAGAAAUGUAAGCCGCACCCGUACCAGGUACUCAUAAGGGCAACUCGGACCUCAUGUGGCGCGAGAGUACUGUGAUACCUAGGCCGUGAGAGUAAACUCCCAUCGACACAAUAAUCACGGCCCAGUCCUGCUUGAGAGGAGAAGGUGAAAGACACCAGUAGGAGAAGCAUAUUCUGUAUAGAAGCCUAGUGGCUGCCACAAGCCCCGACGCGGAGCCAGCUGUAUCCCUGUGCGCCAGGGUGAUGUAGACGUGAGAGAAAAGGAGUCGCGUGAGAGUACGAGCCAGUACGAGCCCGGUCAGUUGACAGGGUGACAGUGUAGUUUGUUGACGCUUGUGAUUGGCUUUCCUCUGAGCUGAAUGCGCUCACGUUCUGGCUCUAGGGAGUCACCUUGUGGGUGCCAGAAACAGGAGGCUACAGAAGCGCUACAGUACCACCAAGGCCACAUGGUUAAGGUAUCGCUGCAAUCGGGCUCUCAGUUCAGCAGAUAAUUCAAAAUACACCAGUGGAGAUUAUGCUAUCUCUCCAGUUGACAACCACCCAACCCACCAACCCUAGCCCAUCCCGGUAGAUCUCGGUACGUCAGAUUUAUAGCAGUGAACAACGCACUGGUAUGUCGUCCGUACAUAUUCGCUAGUGUCGGCCCCGUCUACGUAGGCUUCUGGUGACCACUGGCUAUCCCAAGAUACACAAUGAACCUGCUUCUCACUUACCUGAAGUGCAUUCGUUUUGGCAUGUGUCGUUGGGCCCAACAUCCGAAGACUGGGAAGGGGUUACGGGCUUGCAGCUAAAAAGGUUACAGCGCUUGGCAAGUGGUGUGGGGCGAAAUCAUGUUUUAGAGAGGUUGAUGGGCUCGCAAGGACAAGAAAUGGCGAUUGGCCGGUGAAGCAAUUGUCACUGGUGUUUGUUGGGAUUCCAAUACAAUGGAUCCGCAAGUGACCGACCAACCAAAUGCAUGAUCCGAAUGGGCGGUUGCAGUAAGUAUCGGAUGUGACCGCAAAUAUUAGUGCUAAACGUGGUGGCGAUGCUAUUUCUGGUACAUCUGUUUGCGUUGGUUAGAAGUUUUCGGGUGUGGUGGGAGGAUUUGUUUAGGCAAUAUUGUUGUGAAUGUUGCUGUUGUAGAUGCGCGUGUGUCCGAUAAGGUCUAUGUUGUGUCCAGAUGUCUUGAUACAUUGUGGGCAAGUAGGGAAAUGGAAUUGAAGUUUGUUGUGAGUUCAGACGUUGCUAAACCAGUCUCAUCGCAAGUGACCUAUUAGGCCAACGCGUGAUGACAUAGCGUGUCCGAAACUGGGACAAAUUGCGUUUGAGGACAAUAGUUAGAUGUUUAGUGAGCCUACGUUUAAGUGCGCAGCUACCAGCGAGCAUUAGUUCGUGGACGCUGGCCUUGUUUUCUCUUGAGCGGACUUGCCCUGAGUCCCAUGCUAGGCAGUUUCUCGUCUGUCCGAUGCUCGAUGUAAAAUCCUGAUCUCUCCUCAUUUUAGGCACACUCCACCAUCAUAAAUUUCAUGAAAGUGAAAGGGGCAAGGGGUGAAGGGGUGGCAGUCCACUGCCGCGAUCGCCAGUGCGACAGCUUACUCAAACUACCAUUCUGCCCGCCCUCAUUCUGACAAUCUACUGCUGGGAUCUGCUUAUGAUUUAGCUCCAGGGACCAAUCCAAGCUGCGUCCGAACAUUGGUUGCAGACGGACAUCACUUAGAAAGAUAGAAACGGCGCAACCACGCGCUGGGAUCCAACAACUUCCGCGGAGGACUUAUACACACACAAAGACGGCUUGGCGAGCCUGAUUGCUAAGCUUCAGGUACUCUCUUUUACAGCAGCAGAGAUUGUCUUCUCCGGUUUGAUUUUGGAUUGAUCAUAUGUCGACCAUCGCAUAUCGACAAGAAACAACCCAGCAUAACCCAUUUGUCACUGUAAAUGCCUUCGACAUUGCUUCAUUAUCCCUAACUCAAAUUAUCACUGGCACAUAAAGUUGUCGCACCAUCUGGGUAAAGGUGUGUAGUGACAUUUAAGUCCGUUUUGUUUUGCUCAAUUACAAUAAGCUUUUCAAAUAACUUGAAACAACUUUGAAUGAGACAUAGAACAAACACGUGCAUUUAACCUGCUGACGACUUUGUUCUUAUUUACUAGUUUGUAACUGUUGGGAUACUACUAUCUUCGUUUCCUGGAUAGCCUACUCACUGUGCCGAACUAAUGGGUUUAUCACUUGCAGGUGUUCCGAAGAUGAAAAUCGAAGCAAAUUUUGACAGGGACUGUCGCGCUGGCUGCGUUGAAGACCUUUGCCAUACAUAACGACGAUGGUGUGCAUGUUGUUUCUCAUCUUCUGAUGCUUUUGUUUAAAGAUGACAAACAGGAAAGACCAUGUCGAUCGUAUCCUCGUAAGUCAAAGUGACUUUCGAGAGCACUCCUCGCUCCAGGCGGUGAUUGAGUAGAAUGAGAACGAGAAAUCUCCAAGCAGUGUUCGUAAGGUUUUUGUCUCUGUGAUAACUACAGAACUGCCGGUUCGCCUACACUUAGAAAUGUGUACUACGGUGGAAUCUUUAAAGUUCACCGUGAUUUCUUCUGGAACUGCCAAGCGAGCUUUUCAAAGAGUUUCAUGCCGUUGUGUUUGUAAUCAUUGCCGGAAUCUCGUCCGCACCCGGCAUUUGCCUACUUCAUCAAUGGGCAUCUGGAACUCCCUGCAGCUUACCAGGCUUUGCGCCAUUACGUUCACCAAGCUCAGGACAAGACCACCACGCAGAACUUAAGAUCGCGCAGGCACAGCCCGAAAACAAGCUCACUCGACGAGGAAUAACUACCGUCAGUCCGACCAACCGCGACAGCGGUUCAACCACUAUCACCCAGACGAGGUAGUGACUUGCAACGCAUCCAGCAAAAACGCCCGCCAAACGUCCCCCGAAAGCCUCAGGAAGCAAUAAAAAUUGGUAUGAACGAGACCAACUAAAGCGACACGCCACUUCUCUUUCUGUUCGAUCAAGUGCAGUUUACUAUUUGACAAUGGUGAGCCGACUAUCUCUUCCGAAAGGUCAGUAUCCCAAUAAACCUGUCCUGUUGGGCGCUCAUUCAUUUUUUGGGAUAGAUCGCAGUUGGUAGCCAGGAAUGGGAAAGCGGACGGCGACUCUAAACCUAAUUCUAACCUUAACCCUAAUCUUAAUUUUGGACGUAAACCGUUAACCCUAACGGCAACCUUAACCCUAACCCUAACCGAAAUGGUAAACAUAACCUUAGCCCUUAGACAUAGCCCUAACUGUAUAACCCUACCGUAAUACUGAAACCUAAUCGUAAACUCAAACCCUAACCGUAACCCGAAAACCUGAGCCUGGGGGCAUAAUCCUAACCGGAAAAUCGGAAACGAUUAACCGGUACCCUAAUCCUAACCUCAAACGUAAGCCAAAUGCGUCAGACGUGAUUAUUUAGCCCCACAAAAAAGCCCCAGUAAACAAACCCCAGCAACCUGUAAUACGGGGCCUGGCUACCAACUGCGAUCAAGCCCGACAGCCUUUUACCAAAAUCCCAAGCGUUCGUCUCAUCUUCAGCGUCUCUACUCUGUUGCACUACAUCGUUCCACAUAUUCGUCCCGCGGAUGCCUUCGUGUUUUCUAGGCUCCGGGGUUUCGCAUCUGCACGUCUGGCUGCCGCUAAGCCUGUAUUCGAGCACAUGCCUCGGGCCGACAUCACCUGCCAAUCAGAAGUCCCCUAGGCCUUGUUCUUCCGAUUGAUUUCUGUUAUGGCCCGGAAGGAGAGUAGGAAAGAAAGAAAGUCGUUUCGGAGGACAAGCACUUUUUUGGUAACUUGCGGACACGAGAGGUUACAACUCGUCAGAAAGUUGCGCUAUUUAUAUUGGCUGCUGUGUGCCUUUUUUGCCAUAUCCGACGAUUGGUCGGCACGCUAAGACGGGUACAAAGGAUAUCAGUGCGUCUUUGCUGAAGCAGCGCUCUUGCCCGUCUCGGUUCUUAAAACCACGAAGGAGAUAUUACAUCGCAUUUAGCGGACAUUACACAAAAACAUCUCACUGCGAAUUCGUAAGAGCAAUUUAAUUGCUUCCUGCACGUGGAAGAGAAGCAUGUCCUCUAGCGAUUAAAACGCCCCGGUCUACUUCAGUACGUAGACACUAGCUACUUCCAAGUGGAACCUCCAAGACAUUUGAUAACACAGGAGAAUAAGCAUAGUCGGUGUUGACCGUAGUGCACGAGUUUCGUAAACAGAGUGCUCCGAUUUGUAAAGUUGUCAGAACCGGAGCACAAAAUUACGUUUCGCCACGUAUUCCUUCAGAGCAUGAAAAUGCCUCAGAAACUCUUAAUACUUCACAUAGACGGUCAUCAGACAAUUCCUUCACCGUAAAUUUAAAAACGGUCAUUACUUCCUGUUGUCCACCGAAGCGGAUUGCAUCCUGCAUACGUGGCCUUCAGAUACCCCGCUUUUCAGCUUUAGGCGGUCCUAAAUGACUCCACCACAGAUAAAGAUUGAGAAACAACUAAAACCGGCCGACUGCUUAGUAGAAACAAAAUACGCUGAAUUAAAUUUGUUGUCGACUUGUUUUAUUUCCCAGCACACUUCCAACUACUUUCCCGCCUGUUGGAUGUGGAAAAAUUUCAUAAGUCUCAAGCCCGAACCUAGCUGAUUCGCAGCAUGGUUCAGUUGCACACAGCCAUGCGCAACAAAAUUAUGCGAGUGAAGGACCGACUAGACGUGGGAGAACAAUCGGGUGUCGUUUAUCAGAUCCCAUGUCGGGACUGCCAUCGUCAUUACGCAGGACACACCAGGCGAGGACUCAGCUCACGAAUAACGGAACAUAAACGGGCGGUCCGGAGAGGCGACGCGUUGUCUCGGGUCGCCACUCACGAAUUCAACUUUGCGGGCCCGCGGUUAAUGGCGCGGGCCAGCAAUAAGACAGGGCGAGAGGUGUUGGCGGCCUGGGUGUCUGACACCACUCUAUCAACAGGCACGUCAACAUACCCCCCCCCGCCCUCCCUGCUAUCACGCUCUCCGUUCCCGCGGCCAAUAGGCGAGACCUAAUUUGCAGCCCAGGGUGCACGCAGUCACGUCACCGUGAGACGGCGAGGGACAGCUUAUCGCGAAUACCACCCCCUGCACUCCUAUCCCCCCUUCCCUUAUGUCUUGACUACAAAAACUGCUCAUUUGAUGCCGCAUUCUCGCAGGCCCUGACGAUUGCCUUCUGUACGAGACCGAAAGCUCAGACGAAUACACCUACUACUCCAGAGAUCGCUUGUUCAUCGUCUUUACAACAAGAACCUGGGAUUCGCAUAUUCGCCUCCAACCGAAAUUCCAGUCGCAGUUCAAGUGCGCAUUAAACUCUUCUGAUGAACUCCGCACCAGCACAGAAGGCGGUCUCUGGCAGGUAUUGGUUCUCUGGAUAUCCUGA